GGCCCACUCACGAGUCCCCCCCUCCCCACCUAUAAAUACCCCACCCCCUCCUCGCCUCUUCCUCCGUCAAUCGAACCCCAAAAUCGCAGAGAAAAAAAAAUCUCCCCUCGAAGCGAAGCGUCGAAUCGCCUUCUCAAGAUGCAGAUCUUUGUGAAGACCCUCACCGGCAAGACCAUCACCCUCGAGGUUGAGUCCUCGGACACCAUUGACAAUGUCAAGGCCAAGAUCCAGGACAAGGAGGGCAUCCCCCCGGACCAGCAGCGUCUCAUCUUUGCUGGCAAGCAGCUUGAGGAUGGCCGCACCCUGGCCGACUACAACAUCCAGAAGGAGUCCACCCUCCACCUUGUGCUCAGGCUCAGGGGAGGCAUGCAGAUCUUCGUCAAGACCUUGACUGGCAAGACCAUCACCCUUGAGGUCGAGUCGUCUGACACCAUUGACAAUGUCAAGGCCAAGAUCCAGGACAAGGAGGGCAUCCCCCCGGACCAGCAGCGUCUCAUCUUCGCUGGCAAGCAGCUUGAGGAUGGCCGCACCCUGGCCGACUACAACAUCCAGAAGGAGUCUACCCUCCACCUUGUGCUCAGGCUCAGGGGAGGCAUGCAGAUCUUCGUCAAGACCUUGACUGGCAAGACCAUCACCCUUGAGGUCGAGUCGUCUGACACCAUUGACAAUGUCAAGGCCAAGAUCCAGGACAAGGAGGGCAUCCCCCCAGACCAGCAGCGUCUCAUCUUCGCCGGCAAGCAGCUGGAGGAUGGCCGCACCCUUGCUGACUACAACAUCCAGAAGGAGUCCACCCUCCACCUUGUGCUCAGGCUCAGGGGAGGUAUGCAGAUCUUCGUCAAGACCCUGACCGGCAAGACCAUCACCCUCGAGGUCGAGUCCUCGGACACGAUCGACAACGUGAAGGCCAAGAUCCAGGACAAGGAGGGCAUCCCCCCGGACCAGCAGCGUCUCAUCUUCGCCGGCAAGCAGCUGGAGGACGGCCGCACCCUUGCCGACUACAACAUCCAGAAGGAAUCCACCCUCCACCUUGUGCUUAGGCUCAGGGGAGGUAUGCAGAUCUUCGUCAAGACCCUGACUGGCAAGACCAUCACACUUGAGGUCGAGUCCUCGGACACGAUCGACAAUGUGAAGGCCAAGAUCCAGGACAAGGAGGGCAUCCCCCCGGACCAGCAGCGUCUCAUCUUCGCUGGCAAGCAGCUGGAGGACGGCCGCACCCUUGCCGACUACAACAUCCAGAAGGAGUCCACCCUCCACCUUGUGCUCAGGCUCAGGGGUGGUAUGCAGAUCUUCGUCAAGACCCUGACCGGCAAGACCAUCACGCUUGAGGUCGAGUCCUCGGACACGAUCGACAACGUGAAGGCCAAGAUCCAGGACAAGGAGGGUAUCCCCCCGGACCAGCAGCGCCUCAUCUUCGCCGGCAAGCAGCUGGAGGAUGGCCGCACCUUGGCUGACUACAACAUCCAGAAGGAGUCCACCCUUCACCUGGUUCUCAGGCUCAGGGGUGGGAUGCAGAUCUUCGUGAAGACCCUGACUGGCAAGACCAUUACCCUUGAGGUUGAGUCGUCCGACACUAUUGACAACGUGAAGGCGAAGAUCCAGGACAAGGAGGGCAUCCCCCCGGACCAGCAGCGUCUGAUCUUUGCUGGUAAGCAGCUUGAGGAUGGCCGCACCCUUGCGGAUUACAACAUCCAGAAGGAGUCCACACUCCACCUGGUGCUCCGCCUCCGUGGUGGCCAGUAAGUCCUCAGCCAUGGAGCUGCUGCUGUUCUAGGGUUCACAAGUCUGCCUAUUUGUCUUCCCCAAUGGAGCUAUGGUUGUCUGGUCUGGUCCUUGGUCGUGUCCCGUUUCAUUGUGUACUAUUUACCUGUAAUGUGUAUCCUUAAGUCUGGUUUGAUGGUGUCUGAAACGUUUUGCUGUGGUAGAGCAGCAUGGAAGAACUAUAAUGAAUAAGUGAUCCCUAAUCAUUGUGUCCAAAUUUUGCUUCUGCUA